CCCCUCCCCUGUCUUUGUUCGGGGUUGGGCGCCAUUUUGCGCGGCGGCUGAGUGGAGGCGCUGAUUGGGUUUCGGGGGCCGGUAGCGGAGCCAAUCAGCGCGGGACCCGAACCGGGGGAGCGAGGCACGGUACACAGACUGCGCUGUGCCUUGGUCAGCGUUGGAUCUGAAGCGCUAUGGAGCAGUACACAGCCAACAGUAACAGUUCCACAGAGCAGAUCGUUGUGCAGGCGGGGCAGAUUCAGCAGCAGCAGCAGGGUGGUGUCACUGCUGUCCAGUUGCAGACUGAGGCCCAGGUGGCAUCCGCCUCAGGCCAGCAAGUCCAGACACUCCAGGUAGUCCAGGGGCAGCCGUUAAUGGUGCAGGUGAGCGGUGGGCAGCUGAUCACAUCGACUGGCCAGCCCAUCAUGGUGCAGGCUGUGCCUGGGGGCCAGGGCCAGACAAUCAUGCAAGUCCCUGUUUCUGGAACGCAAGGACUGCAGCAGAUUCAGUUGGUCCAGCCAGGUCAGAUUCAGAUUCAAGGUGGGCAGGCUGUACAGGUACAGGGGCAGCAGGGCCAGACCCAGCAGAUCAUUAUACAGCAGCCACAGACUGCAGUUACUGCUGGCCAGACACAGACUCAGCAACAAAUAGCAGUUCAAGGACAACAAGUAGCACAAACGGCUGAAGGCCAGACCAUAGUCUAUCAGCCCGUUAAUGCUGAUGGAACCAUUCUCCAGCAAGUUACAGUCCCUGUUACAGGCAUGAUCACCAUUCCAGCAGCCAGUUUGGCUGGAGCACAAAUUGUACAAGCAGGAGCCAACACCAAUACCACCAGCAGCGGACAGGGGACUGUUACAGUGACACUGCCAGUUGCUGGAAAUGUUGUCAAUUCAGGUGGAAUGGUUAUGAUGGUACCUGGGGCUGGAUCAGUACCAGCUAUCCAGCGAAUACCUUUGCCUGGAGCAGAGAUGCUUGAAGAAGAGCCCCUCUAUGUAAAUGCUAAGCAGUAUCAUCGAAUCCUGAAGAGGAGGCAGGCACGUGCAAAGCUUGAAGCGGAGGGGAAAAUUCCCAAAGAAAGAAGGAAAUACUUGCAUGAAUCUCGGCAUCGUCACGCCAUGGCCAGGAAGCGAGGAGAAGGUGGACGUUUCUUCUCACCAAAGGAAAAAGACAGUCCCCAUAUGCAGGAUCCAUCUCAGACCAAUGAAGAAGCAAUGACACAGAUGAUCAGAGUCUCCUAAUCACUGCUAACAUAAAAAUGUAACUGAAUUCCUGUCCCUUCUGCAAGUCUGUUCUACCUUACCAUUGUAUCAAGCAAGUCUUUCAAUGGGACAAUCACCACAUCACAGCCUAUCCUUUUCUACAGAACAAACACCACUUUUUCAGUGUGUGGUAAAGAUUUUAACUGCAGUUGAUUCAACUAAUAGAAACUUAAUGACUUUCUUGGUAUACUUUUCUGAUUCAGUGCAGGGAUUUCAGUCUGACAGCUCAUGCUUUUUUUUUUUUUCCCCUUUAUAACAUCUCUUGCAUUAAGAUUGGCCAUGGUGAGUGUACCACUGACUGACCAGCAAUAACUGGCAUGCUGAAGGAGGGCCAGCAAAGACUUCUUGGAGUUAUGACCCUUCUGUGCAGCAACAUAAUCCAGUUUAUAGCAACCAGCACUGAUGUGGCUAUACCACGGUACUUCAUUUUCCCAGUAGAGAAUUGUCAUUUACAUCCACUACUUACAUCUUUGGAUUUACUGUCUACUGAACUGUUCUCUGCUGUUGCAUCUGCACUUGUAAAACUGACAGAAACUGAAGGGGGUUCUCUUAAGCUCCACUCUGUAAAAUAUGUAAGCAGCAAGCUCUUCUCUGAGAAGAGUUCAGCCAUCAAGUCAAAGUGAUCAAAACAGUUCAAGAUUAUUGCAAGACUUGAUUUAUUGUGGAUCUGUUCUAAAAAGUAAGAGUGGAGAGGGUUAUUGAUGUGAGGAUAAGGCUUUAGUUAGUAAAUACGAUUUAUUGGUGUUUUUUGGUAUGUUUAUUGCCAGCAGGUAAUGCUUUGGAAUAUUAAAGUAUUGAAACUUUCAAGUGAGUCUCUUCCGAAGGAUUAUUUUUAAAACCUUUGUUUCUAACCUAAUCAGUCUGAUGCAUGGUUCUCCAAAAGAAAUACAGUCUGCAAUGUCAGAGUGAUAACACUUGACCAUCUUUUUGACAGCAUUUCCUGACGUGUGUUGUAAAUCAGUUCCAUGGUUCUCAUUCUGCAUAGAGUGAGGAACUGCUUCAUGAUGGUGGAAGCCCAGGGCCAUUCAACCAGGUGCACACUGAUGUUUUCAGAGGACUGUUAAAUGAAGGCGUGUAUUAGUUAAUUGUUCAGGCUAUCAGACAGCUUACAGACUAUCCACUUAAAAAAGAAGAGUUUUUAAGAUGUGGCACUCGACGUUGUUACAUUUUUAAAAAAUAAUAACAGUAUAGUGUUUUUUUCCUACAACUAGUUUCUGGCUGCAUACCUUAAUGCAACUUCUUGUUGUUCAUUACAGAUUUUUAAGCUUGCCCUGUUCUUAGGAUGUGAAAUGUGAUGGAGUCUGUAAUACAUAUACAAGCAACCUGUGAAGCAGAGUGCUUGCCUAGGUACUAAGUGUUUAGGUCAGCCACCUGUGAAGACACAUAGCCAGUAUAAAUAUGAAGAGGAGGAGCAGGUUUGGCAUUUACAGUAAGGCAGCUGGGUUUUCUAAAUGAAGUUCAGUUUAUUCUCUUCUGAACUUCUAGCUCUGUACUCUUACCCUUACGCAACUGAUAUGGUAAGCUGAAGCAAAGCUGACAAAAAGUUCUGCAAGGCAGUCCUGCAGCUACAGAAAGAGGUGAAAGCCCAGUUCGAAAUAGAUCUUUGGAUUUCAAUUAUAAAAAUUAUAUUAAUAAUCUAGUGUUCUGCUCACAAAUUUUACAUGAGGGUUUUUUCUAGCUAUUCAAAAGGCAUUGAUGGCAUUUUUGGUGCCUUUGGUUGCUUCUGCCUUAAAAUACUUAGCCAGCUAGAGCGUGGUGCUUCUUUCUUUUUCAGUCAGUAACUAUAAAAUCCUCACCUGGCAUUUCUCAUGAAGUCACCCAUUUCAGGAAACCCACCGCUCUCGUUUAGUGAAGGAAGAACAAAACCUUUUCCUUAGUUGAAUUUUCCGCACUAUUGUAAAUACUUUUUUAAGCAUCUGUACAUUUUGUCAAUAGGAUAUUCGUGUGCUGGAGGAAUAUUUCUGUGCUGGAGUAAGAUGGCCUCCGUAACAUUUCUGUUCUUCAACUGACAGCUAAUCUCUGUCCCAGAGAACCCCCUCAGACAGUUGGAAGUUAUGGAAGCAGAGAUCGUUGCUCUGAUAUAUGUUUUUGUUUAUUUCUUUUAAAAUAGUAAUUCUUGUUUUUCUUAAGGAAGUUGUAAACUUCUUCAACUAGAACUUUUUUUUCCCCAAUGAGCCCUUCAUAUAUAGGUUAUCUGAUCUAUUGUUGUAGAAUGUGUACUAAGGCUUAUGGAUUCGUGUUACUUAGGAAGCUUUACUGUUAAUACUUCAAAUAAGGAUGUGAAAGCCUGAGUGCAGCAUUUUUCACCUGCAUUGGGUUGUUUGUGUUGGCCUCUAAAAGCAGUGUUUGCUUAGUGGAAGGGUGACACGUUGAGGACGGUCCUUGAGUGAUGCUGGAGCGCUUCAAGGCUUUGCAUGUUAAAAACGGGAGGGAGGAAAAAAAAUUCUUUGGAUGUGGGGGGUGGGGGGGGGUUACUGAAAUUUGCAUCAUGUAAGGCAAAGUUUGUAUAUAGUUUAUAAUUUUUUUUAUAUAAUGCAUUUUUUCAAGUGUAUUUUGGUCUUUAAUAGAUGCAAUUGUAAGUACUGUGUACACUAUCCAGCUAAUAAAAAUUUAUAAAC